UAAACCAUCAAUAUCUUAUACCAGGUUUAACUCUCAUUUUGAAAUCAAAAUUCAACUUGAACACAAACUUAAAUGUGCCAAAGUUUUACUCAAGUUUAUAAAAUAACGAUAAUGUGUGUUGAAGUUUCGAUAAAUGUAGAAGCAUAGAAAACAAGUAGAGAAUUAAGUGAUUUUUUCUAAAACAAUGAUUGUUGUAACUAAUGGUUAAUUUAGUUAUCAAAUUAUAAGCAAUUAUAUAUAUAUAUAUAUAUAUAUAUAUAUAUAUAUAUAUAUAUAUAUAUAUAUAUAUAUAUAUAUAUAUAUUCAAACUAAUAUGUUGCUUAUUAGAGUUCCUAAACUAGUUCAUAUAAUGGGUGUUAGGUUAUGUGUACUAUAACGAUAGCGAUUGGUAUAUUAUGAUAAGAUGACUCAUGAUAGAUUCUACUAUAGACAAUGUCUUAGCUACUAAAUGUUAAACUCUUAACUGAUGAUAUGUUCACAAAUCUACUAUAUCCAAUUAAUCUUAUGCCCUUAAAGACUAUAAUAAGGUUUACUAUAGACAAUGUCUUAGUCAUUAAAUGUUGAACUCCUUAAUCGUCAUAAUUCAAUUUGUUAUAUAUUUUAGAUGAUCGAAUUAUUGCAAUUGUAUUACUUGCUAUAUGAUUAAUUGUAAUUGUAAUUAUAGUCACAAGAAUUAAUUAAUAUGUUAUUUCUUCUUCAUUUUUCGUGAUAAAUGAUUAAUGCUCCUAAUAUCGUAAAUAAUGAGAAAAUUUAGUUUUGGUAAAUAAUGAGAAAAUUUAGUUUUGAUAAAUAAUAAGAAAAUUUCUUUGGCUAACAAUGUACAAAACAACGUCCUGCAUCCCCCAUAUUUGCCGCCAAAUUUCCCCCUAAAUUUUGGCUCCAAUUUUUUGGUCUCCCGCAAUUUACUUGGUUGUUUUGACUUUUCAGGGACUCUCUAUACCCGCCAAAAUUUCCCCAUGUUAAUUAAACUAAUGGUAAAAGGAUAUUAUUUUUGGCUGAAAAGUGAAAUUCUGCAUCCCCAUGUUGAUUCUUCCUAGAGUUGGCUCCAAAUUUCCCUCCUAAAUUUUGGCUCCAAUUAUUUGCAACUUAUUUGAUUGUUUUAAUUUUAUUUGAGGGACUCCAUACCCGUAAGUUUUUUCUCAUGUUAAUUGUAACUAAUGCUAAAGCCGUAACCACUCACACCCAGAUAUUCAUGCUACUUACUAACGUGUGCCAUCAUAUGCUAUACGCCUACGUUUAUAUCACUGUAUGUUGCUAAGUUUUCUUCAUGUUUUAUUAUUAUUAUUUUUUUAAUGCAUAAUUUCAAUUGAAUUUCAUAUUUUAAACUUCCAUUUACGAAAUGAAAAUUUUGGCUUUACAUGGGUAUAGAGCAAAAAACUUUAUUUUGAAAGAUAAUAAUAAUUCUUUAUUUUUGAACUUCCCUUUGCUAUAUUAUAUAGUAUAUAAUAAAAUAAUUUUUUAGGUUAAUAGGGCGGGUUGCGGGUUAGUCGGGUUCGGGUCAAUCGGGUUGCGGGUCAAUUGGGUUGCGGGUCAAUCGGGUUACGGGUCAAUCGGGUUCGGGUUAAACGGGUUGCGGGUUAGUUGGGUUACAGGUAAAUCGGGUCGCGGGUCAAUCGGGUUGUGGGUCGGGCGGGUUGCGGGUCAUUGACUUUUAGUCAAUUCGGGUUGCGGGCGGGUUACAGGUCGGGUUGGUCGGGCGGGUUAAACGGGUCGGGUUCUAUUUUGACACCUAUACUAAUAACUCUCCCGGGAAACAUACCCCACAUCCCGUCGGAUGUAGUCAUACAUACCCCAACAUCCCGUCGAAUGUGGUCAUAUAUACCCCACACCACUAUGGGUGUAGUCAUACCCCGACACCACUCUGGGUGUGGUCAUAUCUCGUAAGAAUUCUUCAGUCACCACCACAUGAGAGGUGUGACUAUCAUACAUAUCAUAAUAGAGUAAUAGCAUAGGGAGCCCUAAUUACUAUGUAGUUGACCGUGAGACCACAACACUCAUAUUUGGUAUCCUUAUACAUGAUUCAUAUCUCAUCUUGCUUAAUCAUAAUUCAUUACUUGCACAUGUACUUGACCUGACCAUAAUUGGCUCAACAUAGGUAAACCAGGAGUCGUAUAGUUGCACUUCCUCGGGAUAAACCCUCGUGCAAGUCAUCCUCCUUAAAACAUCAUAAUAUCACCCUGGGAAGUUUAUUUCCCCCACUUGUGAAUCCAAAUACAACCACAAUAUCACAUCAUGUCAAAACACCUUAUCGAACAACCAUGAAGUCAUAUCAACAGUUAAGCCACAAAUGGCAACAUGUAUGCAAUCAUCAGCAUAGACAAGGUCCAUAUCGAUUAGGGCAAGUCAAUAAUAUCAUACAGCAGUCCAGGGUUCAUCAUAUAGCACGAAAGUCCAUACACCCCUAAUCAUGCAAUUCUAGUUCACCUAGGUCAAUUCUAAGCAUCAAUAUAAUUAUCGUGAUACGACAAACCCGGUAUGCCGUGCUAAUCCCUCACCAGUUCUGGUCGUUCAAACACCGGUUUAACCUUCCCGUACUAAAACGUCAAUUUCACGAACGAACCCCGAAUUAAAAUCUGAGACCGUCCUAAUAUUCCCUGCAGUAUCCCCGUCAAUAUUAGUUCUGGGCUCCGGGUCAAAUUCUCGAUAAAAACACAUCAAACCCUGGCCGGAGCUAAAUUCAGCGGUUUGGACCCCGGCCUAAAUAAUAGCCGAAAUUCAGGGAAUUCAAGAAAUUCCUGAACCAAAAACUCAUUUUAAAGCUCUAAAUCGAUAAAUCACGAUGUAUAGAUGAAUUAGGCAUUACUUACGGGAUUUUUGGAUCACUAGGGCUCAAGAAUUUGAGCUUUGUAAUUUCCCCUCACGAUGCCCUGUGCGCCUCUGUUUCACUGCUUCUCGCGGAUGAAAAUGGAAAAACGUGAUGGAGAAGGAAAAUGGGACGGGGAGAUUAUAUAUGUGACCGCUUACUAAUAUAUAUAUAUAUAUAUAUAUAAUUAAUACGUAUACUUAUCCGAUCGAUAAUCCGAUUUUCGUCGAAAUACUGUUAAAACGCUCGAUUUUAAAUCGCGAACUUUCUAGCGAUCGAAAUACGGGUUUUGCCGGAACGGGAUCUUACAUUUUCUCUAUUUCCUGUGGACACUGAGGCCUACCAUUGAACAUUGUCUGUCCUCGCGGUUGGUCUAAUCCAUCUCUUCUUCAGUCUACUCGUUGACCUAAGAAGAUCUAUACAAGUCGUUGACCUAAGAAGAUCUAUACAAGUCUCUAUUAAACUAUAUCUAGAAGUUAUAUAAAUAAACAAGCAAGAUGUUCCAGCAACCAUUUAGAUAAACGAUAACAGCAGGAAGAAGUCAAUAUACUCUAAUCACUUGUAUCAAUCAGAGGUACCUAUUAUAAGCAUGCUAUGAUGCAAAUAAAGCGAUCUUAUGAAAUCCAAGCUAAUGGGAUAUUCUGCGAGGUUAGAAUAUGCUCGACUGUAAGGCGAGGGGAAUCUAGCGACGGAGAGAAUGUGAGCCUGAGGCCGGGUGAAUUCGCCUUCGCCCUACAGGCUCAUAAUAAACCUUCGCCCGCUUUUAGGGCUCAUAAUAAACCUUCGCCCUACGGGCUCAUAAUAAACCUUAGGAGAGAAGAACGAAACCCUACAUCGAUGUCUGCCGGGGUAUUGAGAAUGUGGUAUUGCUUCACCAAUAGAAGUAUACUCCUCACAUCGGCUUUAUUUCCUAUUUACUCCGUCUCUGUCGUUGCUAUGAAAGGAUCCUCCCCAUCUCACACCGGGUGAAUUCGCCUUAGGAGUUCAUUCUGCGACGAGUAUUCGGUUUAGGGUAUUCGGCUGAGGGUUCUAUUACGAGAUAAUUCAUAGGUAUUCUGCUGGUGGUUACACCGGUUCAUUGGGCUUAGGAGUGAAUUCUGCGACGGGUAUUCGUUGGUAUCCUGAAAGGGCUAGUAUUCAGCUUAGGAGACAAUUCUUAGGGUUACCCGGGGUUAGACCAGAUUGUGGUGGAAACACCGGGUGAAUUCGGCUUAGGGAGGGCUAUUAUUCGGCUUAGGGAGGGAGGUUAUUCAGCGACGGGAAUCCUGCGAAGGGUAUUCUGCUUAGUAGGGUAUCCGAAGAGAAUUCGUCUUAGGGUUAGACCGGGGCUUAGGAGAUAAUGAUAGGAUAUUCGUUGGUAUUCUGCUUGUGGUUAUACCGGAUUUGGUGGUUAGACCAGAUGUGGUUACACCGAAUGUGGUUAGACAGGAUUGGGCUGGUUACACCGGGUGAAUUGGGCUUAGGAGUUCAUUCGGCUUAGGGUUAACCCGCGGUUCCGGGAGAAGAGAGAGGGGAUAGGGCAUUAGAAUUACACUAACGACAAGUAGCUGGUAGGGGGUGGUUCUUAAGCAACUAUAGGACAAAGACAGAAGAAUCAGUCUUAACACUUCUCCUCACUGUAGAAGCUUGAAACUUCUCUCUCAAAAGACUAAGUGUAGUCUUGGUGCUUCGACACAGAGCGUUUGAGAUAAUACUCUGGAGACGCUCAUAUCUACUACCACCUAUCCAUAAAAAACUAUACACCAACCAUUAACACCACAAAGAAUUCUACAACACCAUUUUCAACGAUCAUAAGCAAUCAGCCUCCCUCGCACCACACCAUCAUGGGGACGUUCAGUAGCAAAAAGUUGCAUCAAUCAACCUAAGAAACGAUCAGGUAUGUCGGAUAACCCCAGUAGUAGUAACAGUUACUUUGAUUAUUUAAGUAAAAAUGAGGAAGAAAAUUAUUUUCUAGAUGGAAUAUUAGAUGUCAAGAAAAUGAAGGAACAAACUAAUUUUACCUUAUCAGAAACGCAAAAUUUUAUUACUAAGUCUUUUUUAUCCAAACUAUUUGAUAGAAAAAAUAUAAUUAAAUAUGGAAAAAUGAUAAGAGAAACGGCAGUACCAAUAGAACAAACUAAGGGAGAUUUCCUAAUUCAAAUAAUAAAUAGGGAACAAAUUAGGAAAAAAUUAUCCAAGUUACAACAGGAAGAAAGAAAUAAAAUAGCUUAUAUUCACAUUAGCACGAUACAAAUUAUUCUAAAAUCUACUAUGAAAACAGGGAUAAGUGCACCUAUAGAACUAGAAAUAAGAGAUGAUCGACUCAUCAAUAGAGAAGAGAGUAUUAUUGCAAAAGGAAAAGGAAAUCUAGGAGUAGGAAUAAUCAAAUUCGAUAUUAAUCUACAACAAGGAAUUAGUUUAACAGAUGGGAAUCUCGACUCUUCCAUUAUUAUAAAGUAUGAAUUGAAAAGAAAAAAUUUCAUGAAAGAAAACAGUAAACCUUUUUCGGUAACAUACCAAAUAAACUAUGCACUGACCAAUAGUCAUCAUAGUCUAGCGUUCAAAGAUAAGGAAGCCAUCACCAUAGAAGAUUUAUUCAAACCAUUAAUUCAAUUAGAAUCCCCUCUAAAAAUAAUAAAAUCAAAUUAUGAUCAUCCAAGAAUAAGUAUAGAUAAGAGAAGUUCUUCCAUGAGAUUAACCAAUAAGCAGAAGGAAAUGGAGAAAGAAGAAAACAAGGAAAUAAAAAACAUAACUAUACUUCAUCAAAAUGAUAAUACUAGUGAAAUAAAAAAAGUUACAAGAACUAAUCGUAGAAAUGAGUGAAAAAAUGUAAAGAUGCCUAACACUUAUUACAUAAAUAAAUUGAUAGAAGGAAUAGAUGCAAUAGACCUUA